AUGGACCAUGGCAACACCACCCUCCCAUCAACCACAGAGGCAAACUCCAGCCAGAGCCCAGCAGCUGUGAGCCCCAUUCACCUGGCCACAGUCGGGUUGCUCUUCAUCACCUUACUGGUGGGUGUGGUGGGGAACGGGCUGUACCUGUGGGUGCUGGGGCUGAAGAUGAGGAGGACGGUGACCACGCUCUGGUUCCUCCACCUGGUCUCCAGUUCUGUUCUCAUCACCCUGCUGAUCCCCUUCUUCGCCAUCUACGUCCUCCUGGGUUUCCACUGGGUCUUUGGAAUGGCCUUGUGCAAAGUCCUCAAUACCUGCAUCUCCAUGCUCUUGUUCUCCUCUGUCUUCCUGCUCACCCUCAUCAGCCUGGACCGCUACAUCCUCACUCACCAUCCCAUCUGGUCUCAGAACUACCGCACCUUUUGCUGGGCUGGAAAGCUGGCUGUGGAUGUGUGGCUGGUCUCCUUUGCUCUCAGUGCUCCCUACCUGGCUUUCUGGGAGACCCGCAUGGUGGAAGGGGGCAGGAUCGCCUGCAUCAACAACUAUGCUCUUUCCGAAGACUGGAACAGAGCUGAGAUGCUGGAUUUGGGGAGACAGAUCCAUCUGGCCAUCUUUGUGAUCUGGUUUCUGCUGGGCUUCCUGCUGCCCUUCUGCACUAUGGUAGGAUGCUACAGUCGUGUGGUGUUGAAGAUGAAGGAGAAGAGGCUGGUUUAUUCUGGGAAGCCCUUCAAAGUCAUGGUGACUGCAGUGGUUUCCUUCUUCCUCAGCUGGCUGCCCUACCACCUCUACUAUGGAUUGAAGCUCUACAAGGAUGUACCAAAGUCGGUGACAGGUGCCGUCGUGGUCAUUUAUACCGUCAUGUCCUGCUUCAAUGCCUGUUUCACCCCCAUCCUCUACCUGUUUGUGGGGGAGAAGUUCAAGCAGGUCUUCAGGACGUCUCUUCUCACCCUUGUCAAGGCGGCGUUUGUCGAUGAACCAGAGAGCAGUGUGCGUGAAUCUAGUGUAAGGAAUGUGUCAGAACACUCAAGAGAAGAUGGUCUGAAUUUGCCUGGACAUAGGGAAAGUGGAAGACUUGGCAUGCCGCAUUCAUUGUUAGGUCUCUAA